GAAACUAAAGUCACACAGCCACCGUGACUGAGAGGAGAAAUGGAGCAGCGGGCAGUUCAGCUGGAUCUAGAAACCUUCUCCUGUUCCAUCUGUCUGGAUCUACUGAAGGAUCCAGUGACUAUUCCCUGUGGACACAGCUACUGCAUGAACUGCAUUAAAACACACUGGGAUGAAGAGAAUCAGAAAGGAAUCCACAGCUGCCCUCAGUGCAAGACAACAUGUACACCAAGGCCUGUCCUGGAGAAGAACACCAUGUUAGCAGCUUUAGUGGAGCAGCUGAAGAAGACUGGACUCCAAGCUGCUCCUGCUGAUACCUUCUAUUUUGGACAUGAAGAUGUGUUCUGUGAUUUCUGCACUGGAGGAAAACUGAAAGCCAUCAAGUCCUGUUUAGUCUGUCUGGCCUCUUAUUGUGAGAAACACCUUCAGCCCCAUUAUCAUGUGGCUCCACUGAAGAAACACAAGCUGGUGAAACCUUCAAAGAACCUCCAGGAGAACAUCUGCUCUGAUCAUGAUGAGGUGAUGAAGAUGUUCUGCCGCACUGAUCAGAAGUGUAUCUGUUAUCUCUGCUCUGUAGAACAACAUAAAGGCCAUCGCACAGUCUCAGCUAAAGAAGAAAGGACUGAGAGGCAGAGAGAGCUGGAGGAGAGACGAGGAAAAAUCCAGCAGAGAAUCCAGGACAGAGAGGAAGAUGUGAAGCUGCUUCAACAGGAGGUGGAGGCCAUCAAUCACUCUGCUGAUAAAACAGUGGAGGACAGUGAGAAGAUCUUCACUGAGCUGAUCCGUCUCAUCCAGAAAAGAAGCUCUGAUGAGAAGCAGCAGAUCAGAUCCCAGCAGGAAACUGAAGCAGCUGUGUCAGAGCUCAGAGAUAAACUACAGGACAUUAUGAGAGACACAUGGACAAACAUCUCACUGACAAUCACUGAUGUGGAGGGAUUAUUGUUGCAACCAGAACCCCAGAGCAAAGCUGAAUUUUUAAAAUAUGUAUGUGAAAUUACAAUGGAUGAAAACUCAAUCCAUCCCACUUUCCACGUUUAUCAGAUCAAACCCGUCCUGACCAGUCCGCUUUGCCCUCCUUCCGACUCCCCUCCUCCCCCCCGUGACAUUGAUGGGCAUCCUGCUUACACCGUUCGCCGGAUCGUAGACUCCCGUCGUCGGGGCGACUGGGAAGGUGGCGGUCGUUGA